UGGAAUUUCCUUAAUAAAUCUAUUACUAGUAGAAGAUAUUUUUAUUCCAAGAAAAUAAAAAUAAAAGAAACAAAUAUUCAUGAUUUAGCGGAAAAGAUUGCCAAAAAUAGCAAAGCAGGGUUUAACUGUAAGGCUUCAGCCAGAACCGCAGAGUCGCUGAGGCCGGUGAGUUUGAGAGAAAUCAGCUAUGGGAAAUCCCAAGCAGAAGUGGACGUCGGAAGAAGAAGAAGCCCUCCGUGCCGGCGUCAAAAAGCACGGCACCGGCAAGUGGAAGUUAAUUCAACGGGACCCUGAAUUCAGCCACCUACUCUUCUCUCGCUCCAACAUUGAUCUCAAGGAUAAGUGGAGGAAUUUGACUGUUAGUGCUACUAAUGGUGUGAUCCCUAGGGAUAAAUGGAAAACACAACAAAAGGCCAAGACAAGUACGGAUGCUCUUCCUGCACCUGUUGCCAUCACCCCGGCUCCGGCACCAAUUAACCCGGCUCCAGCGCCCCUUAACCAAGGUAUUGCUGCUGUACCAGUAUCCAUCGGCCCGGCUCCUGCUUCAUCAACUCCAAUUUCAAAUGAUGUGUCAAUGGAGCCUGCUGCUGAAGACUCCACAAAAUGCUUAUUGGAUGGGAAAACAGCCUCAAAGUAUAAUGCUAUGAUUUACGAGGCACUUUCAACACUUAAUGAGCCAAAUGGAUCAGAUACAACCACUCUUGUUAAUUUUAUCGAGCAAAGGCAUGAGGUGCCCCAACAUUUCAGAAGAGUGAUAACUGCUAGGUUAAGAAGGCUCGUUGCGCAAGAAAAACUUGAGAAGGUCAACAACUCUUACAGGAUUAAGAAGGAAAUUUUGCAGGGUUCUAAACCAACAAUGCCGAAACCAAAUGACACCCAAACCCAGCCAGAACUGAAGCCUUGUCCCCAGCUUCAGCACCAGCCUCGGCCCCAGUCCCAGCCCCAGCCCCAACCGCAGCCCCAGCCUCAACCCCGGACCCUGGGCCACCAAGCUCAGCCUCAGCCUCAGCCCCACCACCAGCACCACCGCCACCACCACCAGUCCCAACCGCAGCUGCAGCUGCAGCCAACACCGCAGCCUCAGCCUCUUCAGAUCAGUGGCUAUCUUGGUGAUACAAUUGAAGAAGCAUCCGCUGGUGCUGCGCGUAAAAUAUGUGAAGCAGAAGAUAAAUCAUUUGUAUUAGCUGAAGCUGUUAAGGAGGCAGAAAGGGUCGCAAGGAUGUCUGAAGAUACAGAUGUUAUGUUGCAGAUAGCGCAUGAGAUAAUUAAUAGAAGUUUAAAUGGUGAAACGGUUCUAGUGGCUUAGGCUGUGGUUUUGUGUUUUGUGCCUUGAACAAGCAAUCAAUUACUACAUUGUAAAUGUUUCCUCUAGUUAUCUAUCGUUCCUUGCCAUAUGUUCACUGUAAAAUCGGAUUGGCUCUGUACAAUGAGUAUUUUAGACUUGAAAGUUUGCCAACUUUGAGCUUGAUCGGAGAAACGGGCCCGAUUUUCUCUUUUGGAUUGUAAUUUUGUAAUUACUUGAUGAAAUUGUUAUCACAAUUCAUUCUUCUCGAAUGUGUUCUGAUCAUACUGCACUUAAGUAGUGUUUGCUGCGGGCAUGGGAAUGCCCCCUCCUUUGGCAGUGUUGUUUCUCCAGGUCAAGAGGUGUUGAACUCUUUUAUUUAAGGAUGGAUGGAAUAUAUUACUCGUAACAGUGUAUAUAAAUUUUACCCAUGUACAAACUGUAGCAUUGAAUAUACUGUAUUUAAACGAAGUUGUUGGAGUUGGACAAGUCAAGUUCAUCAUAAUUGUUACUUGUAUGGAAUGUCUCAAAAAGAUGGACAAGCAGUUGAAUAGGAAUUUUUUACCUCGACAAGGG